AUGAAAGAUCCAAGAGUAUUGAUACUGCAAUUGUUGGCGUUGGUUGGAGGUAGUGCCCCCAAGAAUUCUUUAUUCUGUCAAGCAUGGACUUCUUCUCCGGCGUUGCCACUGCGAAGGUCCCAUCAGUCCGUCUCGUCAAGGGUGGUCCUUAGGGAUGCUUCCGAGGGAGAGCAAGAGAGCGAACUUGAUUUCAAACGCCGAAUGGCCAUGGUUCGGUCUUUGCAAAUGUCUUACUAUCGAUCCACCAAUUUUACCCAACCAAAGUUUGAUCCCUCGUCGGGCAUUAUCACAGACUUGCCCUUGUGGAGGGUUGGCUGGACCGAGUUGCCUGGAAGAUCCAAUAUGCUCAAUGUACAUGAGCCAAUCUAUACAAACUUGUUUGAGAGUAUUCUGUACAACGACAAACCCUGGUAUCUUGGCCACUUAUCCUUGCCCGAAGGAAGUGCAAAUCUCAAAAAGAAACCGUUGAAUAAUUGGGAACAAGAGAUUGAAGAAAAUGCCGAAUCCAAGGAGGACAACACGUCCAGUGAUAGGUCAGCCGUGGUUGGAACUCUGAUGAGGAUUGCUGAUUAUAGAAGAAUGGAAGAUGGUCGAUUAUUGGUAUUGGUAGAAGCCAUGGAGCGAUUUGUGGUUUCCAAUGUGAAGCAAGAGCUCCCAUAUUCCAUUGCCGAUGUCCAACUUUUGCCGGAUACCGAAGAAGUGGAUCCAGAUACCUGGGUGGAUAUUAGCACAGAAGGAGAUGUUCGUGACGCGAGAUCGUUGGCUUUGGCAGAAUCUUUCCAAAGGUAUCAUCCCUACGAAUAUGACGAAACAUUCAAAUUACCCAUUCCAAAAAAGAAGGAUCUGCAGACAGCUGAUAUUCAUGGAUCCAUGCUGACUUUGGUGGUCCCAUUCGUGCCCCUCUCCAAAACGGCAGACCUGGCACAUCUCAACAAUAUAUCUCUUGAUUUUGACAUGAUUGACUGCAACAGCCCAAGUGGCAAUCAAGAGACGGAGACUGUAGUCGACAUUGUGCAGGAAGAGGACCUACAGAGUGCUUGUGUCAGAGAUGAACAGCCGUGUCUAGAACAACAGCUUCUGGAUGGAAAUAUUCUCAAGGACUUUACGCCAUCAGAUGACUCAAUCAUGAAUCUGUCCUUUGAUGAGCUGGAAUACAAGGUUUGGUUGGAAAUCAACACCUUUCUUACAGCGACGAAAACGCCAGUGUCACCGGCCUUGUUGGGAUUGCUACCUGUCGAUAUGGAAUGGCCCUCCAAUUUUCAUUUGCAAAAGAUCGCCAAUGACAUUGGAAGACGAACUGAUUUGAAGCACAACUUUGUGCCCGUGUCGCCCUUGUUGCCAUCGCAUCGUCGACUUCGGCGCCUUUCUUACUCGGCGACAACUCUUGUCGAAAACAAGCCGGGCAUGGAGGGUUUGAAGCAACGAUUGCUGGAAACUGUCAGCACCAAAGACCGGUUGGCCCUGAUCUUGGAAACGCUUCAGGCUUACAAUUGGGGUGAAUUUGAAUAG